CUUUAGGGUUGUACGGCAGGACUUGUGAAAUGAAUUGUAGUAUAAAUUGUCUUUACGCUGAAGGAUGCAACACAACAUCUGGAGUUUGUCAAAAAGGCUGCAGAGCAGGUUGGAAAGGAUUAAAAUGUGACACACCUUGUGAAGACGGGGUGUAUGGAAUUGGAUGUAAGCAGAAGUGCAGUGCCUUUUGUUCCGUGUCAGGUAUUUGUGAUCAUGAAACUGGGGCCUGUAAAGAAGGUUGUAAAAGUGGCUGGGUGGGAAUGGAUUGUCUACAGGUUAAGGAAAAUGUUGAAGGAAAACUUGCAUUAUACAUUUUCGUCGGUGCUUUCUCCAUAGCCGUUACUGUUAUAGUGAUUCUAAUAAUUUACAUCAUCCGUUUGAGAGGCAGAAUUGGACAAUUUCAUACGAUUGAUAAAUAUAAUACAAGCAAGAAUUUGAGCAUGGAAGCAGAAGGGGAAAACUAUGACGCAAUUAUCAAUACGUCGAACAACGAGUAUCAAGAACUUGGAGUGAUUGGUCAGAACAUCCCAAGAUAUUAGUGUAAUUUUUUUUUCUGUAUCGAGAGCAAAAAGAACAGAUAAGACACCUCCUUGUCUUCAUUGUCUCACACACCAUCAUAAUGCAUGUGACAAUUUACAACUGUAAUUUAUG